AACCAUGGCUUUUCCUGCAGGCUUCGGCUGGGGGGCUGCCACUGCAGCUUAUCAAAUAGAAGGGGGCUGGGAUGCAGAUGGAAAAGGCCCUUGUGUCUGGGACACAUUCACCCAUCAGGGAGGAGACAGAGUUUUCAAGAACCAGACUGGCGAUGUAGCUUGUAACAGCUACACUCUGUGGGAGGAAGAUUUGAAAUGUAUCAAACAGCUUGGAUUGACUCAUUACCGCUUCUCUCUUUCCUGGUCACGUCUGUUACCUGAUGGGACGACAGGUUUCAUCAACCAGAAAGGAGUUGACUAUUACAACAAGAUCAUUGAUGAUUUGUUGAAAAAUAAGAUUAUACCCAUGGUGACACUCUUCCACUUUGAUAUGCCUCAAGCUUUGGAAGACAAAGGAGGUUGGCUGUCAGAAGCAACCAUUGAUGUCUUUGACCAAUAUGCUCGCUUUUGCUUCAGUACGUUUGGGGAUCGAGUAAAGCAUUGGAUCACCAUGAAUGAGCCUAAUGUUUUUGCCAUUCUAGCUUAUGACUUGGGUUUCUUUCCUCCUGCAGUACCCCACGUUGGGACUGGAGGUUAUCAGGCAGCUCAUAACUUGAUUAAGGCUCAUGCCAGAGCCUGGCACAGCUAUAAUUCUUUAUUCAGGAAAGAGCAGAAAGGCCUGGUGUCCCUGUCAUUUUUCACUGUCUGGUUGGAACCAGCAGAUCCCAACUCAGCAUCUGACAAGCAAGCUUCAGAGAGAGCCCUUGCUUUUGAGCUGGGUGUAUUCGCUAAACCCAUAUUCAUUGAUGGUGAUUAUCCUGAAGUUGUCAAGUCCCAGAUAGCAUCCAUGAGUAAAAGGCAAGGUUACCCAUCAUCCAGGCUUCCUGAAUUUACAGAAGAAGAGAAGAAAAUGAUCAAAGGCACUGCUGAUUUCUUUGCUGUGCAGUAUUAUACAACUCGCUUGAUCAAGCACAAGGAGAACAAGGAGGGAGAACUAGGCUUGCUUCAGGAUGCGGAGAUCGACUACUCUACGGAUCCUUCUUGGAAAGGAGAGAAUUGGGUCUUUGUGGUACCAUGGGGUCUGCGUAAGCUACUGAAACAUGUGAAGGAUACGUAUAAUAACCCUGUAAUUUACAUCACUGAGAAUGGAUUCCCGCAGUGUGACCCCCCAUCUAUUGAUGACACUCAGCGCUGGGAGUGUUUCAGACAGACGUUUCAGGAACUGAGCAAAGCUAUCCAAAUUGACAAAGUCAAUCUUCAAAUAUACUGUGCCUGGUCUCUUUUGGAUAAUUUUGAAUGGAAUGAUGGAUACCGCGUACGGUUUGGCCUCUACCACGUUGAUUUUGAAGACCCGGCUAGACCCCGAGUCCCCUACAAAUCAGCCAAGGAGUAUGCCAAGGUCAUUCGAAACAAUGGCCUGGAAGAAAAGCCAUAGGAAGGAUGGCUGCCAGCUGCCAGCUGCCACCAGAAGAGGCUCCUGCUGUUUGAACGGA